GUAAAGAGAAGAGGUCACUGCGGUGGUUAAAUAUGCGUUGUUAGUGCGCGACGUCGUUCAACUCGACACAUUUUGCACAGAAACAAAUUGUUCUUUACAUUUUUGUGUGAGGAAAAUGUCUAACGCGCGUCGUUUAGAAGCGUAGCUAGCUGCUAACAAAGAGACAAAGCGGAAGUGAUAGACACGUCGCUAAAGUGUGCGUGUAAAGUGUUGUGUGCGUGAGAAAAUGUGUCAAGUAGAAAUGCUGAGAGUGUUGGUGAAGCAGCGACUAACUGCUGCUGUGGAAGAAAUAUUUGUAGUGUUAGAAAGAACGAUAGCAGAAUACGAGGAGGAACUUUCUAGAACAAAAGAGGAGAACGAGCGACAACGUCAACUACUGGACGCUCUUUUCAACAAACAUCAACAAACAGGGCUCAGUGAAGAACAUCUCGCUCCCGAGCAGCGGGCGUGGGGCUUCACGGUGGAUCAGGAGGAGCCACAGCCCCCCCGCAUUAAAGAGGAGAAUCUUGAAAGAUGGGCGGCGUUGUCGGCGACCGAUGUGGUGGUGAAGAGUGAAGAAGACGAGGUCAAAGGUGAAAGUGAGGAGAAGAGCAGCAGCAUGACAAGAGACGUAGCUCCACUGUCAGAGAGUGACGAGACGACGUCUCACUCUGAUGAUGAAGAUGAUGAAGCUGCUCAGACACGUCGCGCUGACAACACCCGCUUUAAAUGUUCCUUCUGUGGCAAAACCUUUUAUGACGGCAGCACUCUGAGAAGACACGCCAGGAUACACACCGGAGAAAAACCGUUCGUGUGCUCAGUUUGCGGUCAAGGUUUCUCCAGGAAGGACCACUUGAUCGCCCACACGAGGACACACACCGGCGAGAGACCCUUCUCCUGUUCGCUCUGCAACUCCAGCUUCGGCUUCCAUUCGGCGUUGUCCCAGCACAUGAAGAUCCACUACGGCGAGAGACACCCGUGCGCAGAGUGCGGCAAAGCGUUCAGGACCAAGUCCACCUUGACCAAACACCUGAGGCGUCACACGCCCGACUCGCCGUUUGUCCGCGGAGAAAGGUUGACUCGGAAGAGAAACCUGCCGGGAGAGAAGACCUUUUCCUGCUCCGUCUGCGACGCCACUUUUUGUUACCGCUCCGGUUUGUGUAAACACUUGAUGAAACACGCUUAGCUGCGUCACAGAUCCUCGGUCUGCUGGUCCCACUCCAGCCGGAGAGGAGGGGAUCCUUGGUGAUGCAGAGACCCUAUUCCUGCAUCCGCUGAUGAAGGCUGCUCCUCACCAUCAUCUGCUCUCCUUCCACCGCACGUCUGGAGAAGGAUGGAGCUCCCUACCCACGUCCAGCACAUGCCAGCGUUCUGAGGAAGGGUCUGCUCUAGACCACGGGUCUGCUCUAGACCACGGGUGCCUGGGAGCCAGAUCUGACCCACCACAUCAUUUUAAGGUGGCCUGACUAAAUAUAUUAAAGUUUGCAUUUGGACAGAACAAAAGACAGACACACUAGAAGCAAUUUCAUAUUUUUUAAACUUGAUCUAAUAUUACAUGCCAAAAAUGGUUUUGGUUAAAAUCGAAAAUAAAACAAUAAUAUAUACCGUAUUUCCUUGAAUAGCCGCAGGGGCGCUAAUUAAUUUAAAACCUCUUCUCACUCCUGCGCUUACCAAAAGCAUGCGGGAUGGGCAAGCAUGCGCUAAUUACUUUAAAACCUCUUCUCACUCCGGCGCUUACCUUAUCAUGAAAAGCACAUUUAAUAAAAAAAACUUUAUUAUGGUCUUACCUUUACUUAUAAAUGAUGUCCAUUUGCAGCUGCUUCUGAUCGAAGGCAGUCUUUCUUAUCUUUCUUCGGUUUUAAAAGUCUCUGGAGAUAUUCCUUUAAUUAUUACCUCCUGCUUCGAUUGAAAGUCCAGUUUUAGAAAACUGUUUUAUUUUAGAUAUGUAAUCCUCCAUGGUAAAAGUGCAAGCAAACGAUCGCUGCUCAUGCUUGCUGCUUGUUGUCUUCUUCUGCAGUACUGGUAGUCGCAAGAAGGAUCACUAGCGCCCUCUACCACCAGCAGGCGGAAGUAAUUUAAUGACUCAUAUUAGUGCCAAGCAUGCGCUAAUUAUUUUGCGAAACGAGUUUGACCCGGCUGUAAUUCUAGGCCGGCGGAUACUAUAUUCCCGGCGGCAAUUCAAGGAAAUACGGUAUAU